CCAGGCACACACGAUCCGCCCACAAUACCAGUCUAGUCUGCGGCUUCGUUUCUAACAUCGUUUUUCUUUCAUUUCUUGAUAUUUGUCUGGAUAGGUUCUGGUUUUGCUUCCACUGUUGAUCUUAAAUUCCGUCUGCAAAAUAAGCGCUUUCUGGACGUUUUAUUCCAGCACCUCGCUAACAGGGUUUUUGAACAGAGUAAGGUAACCCGAGACUGGGAUUUUUUUUUUCUCUACUUAUUCAUUUCUUUUUGCAUGGUGUAAGUAGGAUCAACUCCACUCGUCGACCUCCACACUGCGUCUUGCUUAAACGGACCUUCUGCUGAAUGGUUUUACCCGGGUCACCUCUGCAUGCAGCUGUAGCCGCAGGGAUGCGAACUUGCUGGUCGGUCGUUGUCCUGUGUCUCCUGAGCUGCGCGUGGCUGGAAUCCGCACGCGCUUCCCGACUCAAGUCCCCCGCGCUGCCCAUCCAAUCGGAGAGGGAACCUCUACCUUCAAAAGGCAUCGCAGGCUGUUCGUUCGGAGGGCGGUUCUAUGAGCUGGAGGACACUUGGCAUCCGGAUCUGGGGGAGCCCUUCGGGGUGAUGCACUGCGUUAUCUGCUACUGCGAACCACAAAGAAACAGACGGAAAGUGUUUGGGAAGGUGACCUGUAAAAACAUCAAGCAGGACUGUCCGGAACCGAACUGUGACGAGCCCGUCCUCCUGCCGGGAAACUGUUGCAGGACCUGCCCCAAAGAGCCAGAGAAGAAGGUGGUGGACAUGAUAUUUGACGGGUACGAAUACUACCAGGAGAAAGAUGAUGAUCUCCAAAAGACGUACAAUGACCGCUCCUACCUGAGCUCAGAAGAUGUCUCCCCAGGAGAGAGCAGGACAGACUUUGUUGCUCUCCUAACCAGUACUGUGAGCUCCCGGUCACCCAUUUCCAGCGGAGUUGCCCGUGCAAGGUUCACUCUGUCCAGGACCAGCCUGGUCUUCUCCAUCACAUUUGAGAGAGUGGCCCGUCCGAGCAAAGUGCACUUCCUUGAUGGAGAUGGCAACGUGGUCUUUGAAUUUCGAGUGCCAAAGACCGCGUCUCCAGAGAGCAAUAUGAUCUGCGGAAUCUGGAAGAGUUUGUCUAAAUCGUACAUCCGGCUGCUCAGGUCGGAACAGCUGCAUGUCACCAUGGUAACACUGAACAGCCAGAGGGAAGAGAUCCAAGGCAAAAUCAUCAAGCACAGAGCACUGUUUGCAGAAACCUUCAGUUCUACCCUGACGUCGGAGGCAGAGCACUCUGGGAUGGGAGGGAUUGCCAUGUUGACGCUGAGCGACACAGAGAAUAACCUUCACUUCAUCCUGCUGUUCCAGGGGCUCCUGGAGAGGAGAGAGGCAGCACACCCCCUGGUGCCCAUCCGCGUGCAGCUACAGUACCGCCAACACGUGCUGAGGGAGAUCCGGGCCAACGUCACCGCCCAUGACCCUGAUUUUGCCGAGGUUCUGACCGACCUCAACAGCCGCGAGCUCUUCUGGCUGUCGCGGGGUCAGCUGGAGAUCGCCGUGGAGACGGAAGGGACCAACACACGGCGGAUUUCGGGGUUCAUCUCCGGGAGAAAGUCCUGCGACACUAUCCAGAGUGUGCUGUCCAGUGGAGACGCUCUGACUCCUGGCAAGACAGGUGCAGUGGGCUCCGCUGUCUUCAACCUCCAUGACAACGGCACUCUGGACUACCAGGUACAAGUGGUGGGCGUGUCCAGCAAAGUGGUUGGCGUGACGAUCGAGACCAAGCCGCGGCGCAGGAGCAAGCGCAACGUGCUGUAUGACCUGAGCACAGAGUACAGGGAGGGCCGGGCGGUGGGGGCCUGGAGCCGCCUGGAGGCUCGGCACAUCCACAUGCUGCUGCAGAACGAGCUCUUCAUCAAUGUGGCUACGCUUGACCACCAGGAGGGGGAGCUCCGAGGACAGAUCCGCUCCCUGCUGUACAACGGACUGGAGACCAGGAGACUCGAGCUCCCAGUCCCUCUGGCUGGCCAGAUUGUGUCCCCUCCUGUGCAGACCAGUGCAGGUGGCCAUGCCUGGGUAUCUGUGGACGAUCAGUGUCACCUGCAUUAUGAAAUCGUGGUGGCUGGGCUCAGCAAGAGCGAAGACGUCACCAUCAAUGUUCAUCUCCACGGCUUUGCAGAGAUUGGCGAGCUGGAUGACAACAGCUCCACACAUAAAAGGCUCCUCAUGGGCUUCUAUGGCUCCCAGGCUCAGGGUGUGCUCAAAGACCUUAGCAUGGAGCUCCUCCGCCACCUGGACAGAGGGACGGCCUUCAUCCAGGUUAGCACCAAGCUGAACCCCAAGGGAGAGAUCCGAGGACGGGUGCACGUGCCCAACAGAUGUGAGGCAGGACCUGCUCUGGACCUGAGUGACAAAGAGCUUGAGGACCCUCUCUCACAGCAGUUGCGGCGAGACCCCGAGGAGAUGAAGAAAGACCCCAACACAUGCUUCUUUGAGGGGUACUACCGAGCUCACGGCUCCCGCUGGACCCCUGACUAUAAUAACUGCUUCACCUGCAGCUGCCAGAAACGCACUGUUAUUUGCGACCCUGUCAUCUGUCCCGUCCUGACCUGCAAGCAGACUGUCCAGCCAGAGGAUAAGUGCUGUCCCGUGUGUGAGGAAACGAGAGAAUCCAAAGAUAUCAAAAGUUCAGAGAAGUCAGAAGAACACCCUGAAGGUUGCUAUUUUGAAGGGGAUCAAAAGAUGCACGCCCCUGGUACCACCUGGCACCCCUUCGUCCCACCGUUCGGGUACAUCAAGUGUGCCAUCUGUACUUGCAAGGGUGCCACCGGAGAGGUACACUGCGAGAAAGUCACUUGUCCGCCGCUCACCUGCAGUAAACCGAUCAGACGUAACCUGUCCGACUGCUGCAAAGAGUGUCCAGAGGAGGCGAAGGACUCCCUGGAGCACACGGAGAUGAUGCAGGCUGACGGGACACGCCACUGCAAAUUUGGGAAGAAUUAUUACCAGGACAGCGACAACUGGCACCCACAUGUUCCACUCUUGGGGGAAAUGAAAUGCAUCACCUGCUGGUGUGACCACGGGGUUACCAAGUGCCAGAGGAAGCAGUGCCCUGUAUUGACCUGCAGUAAUAUAGUGAAGAGAGAGAACUCAUGCUGCCCAGAAUGCCAAGACGCUAACUCAAAAGAAGAGAAGGCACAGCUGACACUACGAGAGAAAAGGCGAAGCUGGAGAUAUUAAGCACAUACAACCUCUCUCUCUAUCAUCCUGGACUGGUCAUUGACUGGCACCCCCGCAGAGUGGACGGUGGUAAAACACUGAGUGACAUACAGAGAGAGAGCAGGAAGGAGACAAUGCACAGCUCUGGAAUGGAAAAGAAGGGACUAGGCAGCCAAACUGUUUGGACUACGUUAUCGAAACUGGAAGGAUUUAAUUUCUGAACACGAAGAAGAAAGUGGACAAUGCCUAUUGCCUUAAUAGCUUUUAUUUAUUUUUCUUUCCUUUUGUUUUUUUUUGAAAAUCAUUACCAAAGACGUCAUCAACCACUUACACGAAGAUUAAUUGCUGCCCGGCAAUCUGAUGAUAAGAGAUGAUGAGAAUGAAAGUCGCUGCCUUCAGCCAGAUCGGUUGGGAAAGACUUGCUGUACUCUCUGUUCUUCAGAAGCAUAGCCUCUUGAGCACAAGAUCUUUAUCCGACACGAUAGUUUAAAGAGCUUUUCAAAAACAGAAGAUGGUUCAUUACAUUUAUAUUUUUGUAUAACCUCCCUUCACCAGCCACAGUCUUUGUGUCUUAUAGAACUUAAGUGCUGACAUUCAGACACACUUUACACUUGAAGAUCAAAAUCCCAUUCAAUUGCUGUUCAUAUUGCUUGGACCUCAAGGAUUUCUCAACUCAUCAGGCUGUUGCACACUCCAGAGACGAUUCACAGAAAGGAGAAAGGAAUUGCAACUGCCAGUUUAGAGGGGAGUGGAUCAUUUUCAGCCAAUUGCUUGUAAUGAACUCCCAGGAUAUACAGCAGAUCCCAAUUGUAGCAUGUUGAUAAUGCCAGAUUAGGUGCAAUCAACUCUACGAACUGAAUCAGGUGGUGGCAGUGGACCUUUUGUGUGAAUUGGCUGCCUGGAACCCGCAGAGUGCAACGCACAUGUGUACAGAGCUGGGAAUGAGGGGUAAUGAUGAAGGGCAAAGAGAGUAGUUCCAGGGCUGCAGGGUUCCAGGCUGAGCUACAGACAGAGGAGAAACAGUUGCCUAGCUUAAUGUCAUUUACCUUCCAAAGAACAGAAUCUUUACACCCAGCAACAAGUCAGUUUAAUCAAAUACUCAAGACGGACAAAUCCAGAUCGCUGUGACCUUGGUUAUUUUGUACGUCUUUAUAAAAAAAAUGUGAUCAUUGCAGAAAGUUGUUCUGAGGGGAGAUCAGUACUAGACUUAACCGAAUGCGGUUCUGUUUCAUACACCCCUACACAUGCCAAAGAGGUUAGUCAUGGGUGCCUCUAGUUUUGCAAUCAAUCCAUUUCUCUGUCAUCAAAAGACACUUGGCAUAACAUCAGUUCGUUGCAUCGUAAAUAUUUGGGGAAAAAAGUUGUUUAUCAUCCCUUGCGCAAAAACCACACUGUUCUGCGUUCUGUGCUUCCGAGUUUAAAAAAAAAACAGAACUUUAAAAGGUCUUAAACUGGUAAUGAUAAAAGGGGACCUGUUGAAGUGCAAAUGAGCCCUAAUGCUUUCUCAGUGUUAUUGUGGUGCUAAUGGAGAAAGCAGGCGAGCUGCCGAAAAAGCUGCCACAGAGAUAGAAAACAGACAGCGAGGUCUUUUUAGAAGACAAUCUGGAAACCAUUUGGCUCACGUAUGCCCUGCUCCCACCUUAACUGUAAAAACAAGACACGCAGCUUGUUUGAGCCGAGGAAGAAGUGAAAAAAAAAAGUUCAUCAGAGAGAAAUCGUCGGGCUUCGAUUUUCGUUUUUCAAAUGAUUUUUGUUAUGCACAGUACUCCGCUUGAAGCCAUUUAACGUGAUGCUUCUUCAGGGGAGGUGUCGUGCUCUGGGGUGCAGGCGGGGGGCUCGGUGCGUGGAGGAGAGGGGAGGGAGCCCGUGGAGUAAGACACGCUGCAGGCAGGGUUCGCACCUGGGCUGUGCAGCCGGCCAGAGCUCUCUCGGCGCGCUGCAGUCUGUGCGGGUCUCUCCAGCCGCCGGGCCGUGGGAAGGGAAGAGGAACUGACAGCACACUCUGGAGAGCAGGGGGGAAGGAAGGCGAGAGGGCGCGGGGCUGGGGGUGGGUAAUUGAUUCCACAGGGCUGUGUGCACGUGGCGUUCCUGGGUGGCUUCAGAGAGUAUUGCUGCCGUGGUAAUCGAUUGACCCCCCUCCUCCUUCUCCUCCUCCAGGAGGGGGUUACUGGUGGUCUUUGUGUCUCACAGUAAACAAAUUGCCCAUGCUGUGCUGUAAUUAUCCAGGGACAUUCUGAGGCCCACCAGUAAGGACUUUGUGUGUGCCGUUGAAUGCCUUUGUAAUGCAUUCAUUUCCACCCAUCCGUGUAAUCCCCUAUGAAAGUCUACCUUGGUGAAUUCGCCAAAGAACUGUUGCCUGUUUUCACCAAUCUUAACUAUGCUGGACCAUAGGAAUGGCAUGGCGCACUAUAGUCAUGGUUUAUUGGGGGAUUUGUGUGGUCUAGUCCAAACAAAUGAACAAGGUAAUAUUUAUAAGGAUCUAUGUCAAAUGCUUUAAUGAGACCAUCUUACAUUAAAAUAGAUGUUAUUGCUUUAUAAAGGCAUUAGAGGGGAAAUACCAGAUCCUGCAUUCCAGCAUACCUGCUAGAGAGGGUGUUCAGGAGACAAGAUCAGAGAUGCCUGGGCACUGAGCAGCUUGUCAGUCCUGUGGGAGAGAAGCCCUUCUGUAAGGACAGCAUGUAGCCUCUCCUGGUUGUCACUACCUGCCCUGUAUUCACCUGCAGCCUUACCACUAUUGUAUCAUUGUGGUUAUUGUUAUAUUGUAAUUAUUAUAAUUUUUAUUUUUGUUUUUCUUUUUUUGU